UUCAGAGCUGUGGAGUGGAGACACAGGGACGAGGCUGGUGAAGGAUGCACGGCCUGCCCCCGUGCUCGCCCGCUCACUCCUGAGCCUGAGCUUGUUCCGCUGCCCACCCAUCAGACACCAUGAGGCGCACACCUGGCCUCCUGGCGCCCCUGCUGGGCCUGGGCCUGGGGCUGGCCCUGAGUCUGCCAGGGCUGGCAGCUGCAGACUGCGGGCCCUUCAGACCAGCUGAGCACCUGGCGUUCGCCCGGGUGGCCAGAGCCCAGUGGCUGGCCCCUCGUGUCCGUGCCCCAGGGCCCCUGGACCUCCUCUAUGGCACCGUGCGCCGCUUCCUCUCUGUCGUGCAGCCCAAUCCCUUCCCUUCAGAGUUGGUGAAGACCCUGCUGAAUGAGCCCGCCUCGGUGAAGGUGGAUGAGGUGGUGCGGUACGAGGCAGGCUACGUGCUGUGUGCUGUGAUCGCAGGCUUCUACCUCCUGGCAGUGCCCACCGCUGGGCUCUGUUUCUGUUGUUGCCGCUGCCGCCGGCGCCAUAGGAGCCACAUGAAGACAGAGCACGAGGCGAUGGCCUGUGAGCGCGGCACCCUCAUGGCCUUCCUGCUGCUGACCACCCUCGUGCUGCUGGCUGGCGUCGUCUGUGCCUUUGUCACCAACCAGAGCAUCCACAAACAGAUGGGCCCCAGUGUGCAGGCUGUGCCUGAGACCCUGCUCAGCCUCCGGGGCCUGGUCUCUGAUGUCCCCCAGGAGCUGCGGGCUGUGGCACAGCAGUUCUCCCUGCCCCAGGAGCGAGUCUUGAAGGAGCUGGACGGUGUCGGCAUGAGCAUCGGAAGCACGAUCCACACCCAGCUCAGCAGCUCCGUGUACCCGUUGCUGGCCUCAGUGCACAGCCUGGGCCAGGCCCUUCAGGUCACCGUGGACCACCUCCGAGCCCUCAACGACACUACUGCAGAGCUGUGGGCAGCGCAGCAGGACCUGGCGCCAGCUGUCCAGGAGCGCAAGGAACACCUCCUCCACCUGCUGCAGGAGCCCUUGUGCGAGGGGGACUGCGCGGGGGCCCUGAGCCGUGUCAGCGCCCUAGAGCUGGGUGCUGACUUCAGCCAGGUGCCCUCUCUGGACGAUGUCUUGCAUCAGCUGAAGGGUGUCCCAGAGGCCAACUUCUCCAGCAUGGUCCAGGAGGAGAACAGCACCUUCAAUGCCCUCCCGGUCCUGGUUGCCAUGCAGAUGGCCAACACGGUCACAGAGCUGAAGAAGGAAGUGGCCCAGCAGCCCGAAGGGGUGAGGACACUGGCUGAACGGUUCCCGGGCUCGGUGGCAGCUUCCCGCUGGAGCCAGGCGCUUGAGGAGCUGGAAGAGAGCAGCCGCCCCUACCUGCAGGAGGUGCAGAGAUAUGAGACAUACAGGUGGAUCAUGGGCUGCGUGCUGUGCUCCAUAGUCCUGCUGGUAGCAGUCUGUAACCUGCUGGGCCUCCACCUUGGCAUCUGGGGGCUGUCUACCAGGGAGGACCCCGGCCACUCGGAAGCCAAGGGCGAGGCUGGAGCUCACUUCCUCAUGGCAGGUGUGAGCUUCAGCUUCAUCUUCGCUGCCCCACUCAUCCUGCUCAUCUUCACCACCUUCUUGGUGGGUGGCAACAUGCAGACGCUGGUGUGCCGGAGCUGGCAGAGCGGAGAACUCUAUGAGUUUGCAGAUACCCCAGGGAACUUGCCCCCGUCUAUGAACCUGUCCCACCUUCUUGGUCUGAAGAAAAACAUCAGCAUCCACCUGGCCUAUCAGCAGUGCAAGGAAGGGGCUGUGCUCUGGAGAGUCCUGCAGCUCAAUGACUCCUACAACCUGGAGCAGCACCUGGAUAUCAGCCAGUACACUCACAAGCUGCAACAAAAGCUGGGGAGCCUCAAAAUGGACAUGCAGAACGUGGACCUGCUGAGCCCAGUCGCCCACCAGGACCUGAAGGCCCUGCAGAGCAGUGGGCUGGAGCGUGUCCGCUACUCCGACUUCCUCGCUCAGAUCCAGAAGCCAGUGGUGAAGACCGACCUGGAGCAGCUGGCUCAGCAAUUGGACGGGCUGGUCCAUGCCCAACGCAAUCAUACACUGCAGCAGCAGCUGCAAGAGGAGGCCCAGAGGCUCAGAAACCUCCACCAGGAGAAGGUCGUCCCCCAGCAGAGCCUCGUGGCGAAGCUCAACCUCAGUGUCAGGGCCCUGGAGUCCUCUGCCCCAGCUCUCCAGCUGGAGACCUCAGACAUCCUAGGCAAUGUCACUUACCUACAAAGAGAGCUGCCUGCCUGGGCCACCCAGAUCCUGAGGAAUGUGAGUGAGUGUUUCCUGACCCGGGAGAUGGGUUACUUCUCCCAGUACGUGGCCUGGGUGAGAGAGGAGGUCACCCAGCGCAUUGCCACCUGCCAGCCCCUCUCUGGAGCCCUGGACAAUGGCCGUGUGAUCCUGUGUGACAUGAUAGUGGACCCCUGGAAUGCCUUCUGGUUCUGCCUGGCGUGGUGCACCUUCUUCCUGAUCCCCAGCAUCAUCUUUGCUGUCAAGACCGCCAAAUACUUUCGUCCUAUCUGGAAACGCCUCAGCUCCACCAGCUCUGAGGAGACUCAGCUCUUCCACAUCCCCCGGGUCACCUCCCUGCAGCUGUAGGACCCAGUGGAGCCAGGUGAUCCUUGCGGCUGCCUGUCCCCCUCCAACUCGGGGGCACCAGAGGACUUCUGCAGCGCUUGCCCCAGAGCCCAGGCAUCCAGGCCUGGACCAUCCCCGACUCCAGCUUACCUGGCCCCAUCUUGCCUGUUCCUUUCCUGCCCCCUUUCUGCUCAUGACCCUCCUUCCUUCAUUCUCAAAAUCUCACUUGACUUCUGCUGA